AUGACUUCACGAAUGAAAUCAGCUAUUCUUCGUCAUACUAAUUCAAUAAAACUUUCGAAUUUUAUUGGAUUAAAAGAUACUAUUCGUGCUCAUAUCCCUAAUACAAACAAUGAUGCUUGUUAUAUAUCUAAUGAAUAUAUUCAAUCGAAUUUUUUCGACGAUGACAAUUAUUUAUCAAUUAUCAAAUGUCUGGAUGGAGGUUAUGAAAUUUGUAAAGAUUGUAUUGAAUAUAUGGAAGAUUAUAAUGAUCUUUUACAAGAAUAUAUUGAUAGUCUUACGUCAUAUUCAAGAAAAUGGAAAUCAAAAAUAAAACAUCAAUCAGCACUUUCAUCUUAUAAUACAACAAAACUUGCUCAACGUGAAACAGUUUCAACACCUAAACAAUAUGCUGAACUUUUACAAAUUCAAUAUAGUGCUAUUCUAAAAAUGAUUGCUACAUAUCGUACACAAGUCGAACGAAUAUAUCCAAAUGAACGUAUUGGUACUACUCAUAAACAUUAUCGUACAGAAACUAUGAAGAAUUUAUUUAAAGCAGCACGUUCAACAUUAUAUAAAUUAUCAGAUAAACUUGAAAAAUUACAUGAACAAGAAACAAAAGCACAACAUGCUCUUCAUGAUGCUAAUAUUCAAUGUGAAAAUCUUAGUUUAGAUCCAACAGCAAGUAAAACAAAAAUUUCUAAUGCAAAAGAAAAUCAAAUUAAACGACAAGAUAAAUUCGAUGAAAUUAAACGAGAAAUUGUACGAAUUGAAGAAGAAUAUAAUCAAGAAUAUGAAACUUAUCGUACGAAAGCAAUAGAUAUUUAUGAAAAAUGUCGAAUAUUUGAACAAGAACGUUUAGAUUUGAUUGGAGAAACUUUAAUUAAAUUUAAUGAAGUAGCAUUUUCAUCGAAAUAUUUAACUGAACAAAAUGAAAUCUAUGAAAAUCUUAUGUUAAAACUCAAAACUCAACGAAAUUCUUUAGAAGAUCUUGAUUUUUGGGCACAAACUUAUGGUGUUUAUGAUUCAACAACAUCUUUAUCAUCUCAAACAAGUCAAAAUGAAAGUAUUUCUUCUCAAAUAACUACUCGAAAAACUAAGAAAUCUCAUAAAAAUGAAUCAGAGAAUCUUACAACUAAAGAAGAAAACAUACAAGAAUCCAUUGCUGAAGAUGAAGAACAACAAUCACAAGUAGAUAAUACUACAACAACGAAAUUAAAAAAGAAUAAAAAUACAACAUCUGUUCAAAAAAAACCUAAUACUGCAGCGCUCAAUGACGUAUCAUAA